AUGCUACGACUCGCGACAAACGUUCCACGCUCGCGGCGAGUCGUAAUACAGUGUGCGGCGCUUACAGCGAAACGCUCCUCGGCUCGACAUCUGUCGAAUGGCACGCAGACGCCCAAGCCGUCCGAGCGUCCCGAAGGCAGUCCAGCACCGCGUCCGUCCAUCAACAGCAGUGCCGGUGCUGCCACUCCUCUGAACGAUCCACCUCCUAAUCUCGACAACGUUGGCAUCCCUCCUCAAAACUUUUCAAAACCGACAUUGUCUACGUUAAACUUCUGGUACCGCUUCACCAAGUUCUCCGUCAUCGGUCUUGCCUUCAUCACUGGUGGGACUCUCCUUGGCUUCGAGGCGACACAUUUCUGGGUGGAGAAUGUUGAGCUCGCAAAACCAUCAGAUCCAGAUGGCGAGCUUGCGCGCUGGGGCUGGAUAAGUGAAGCAGAGCGCUGGACAGGAGGCGAGCGCGGAGGGACGGACCCUGCUCUUGGAAUGAAGGCUGCUCAUGCACUCCGAUCCGCUUGGAUGGCUCAGCAUUGGGGCACAGGUGCAAGUGUACUCAGCUCAAACGCCCUUGCGAACGCGCAAAAUGCAAAUGCUGCGGUUGAAGCCCGCUUGGAGUAUUCUCAUGAUUUCCUGACUCUGGCGCUUGCUCUUGCGAAUGAACGUUUGAAGGAUGGUAAACCAAUUCGUCCGGAGACGAUAAUUGACAUACUUGCAAGGAAAGCUGCCACUUUGGAGCGUAUUGGUUCAAAAGGUUCACUGUAUGAUGCUCGCGCAGCAUAUGAACGUGUAUGGGAUGAGCAAACGCAUCUCGGAUCGGGGGCCGACGAACUUGCGCGUCUUGCACUCAAGCUCGGCGAUGUAAACUCUCGGCUAGGCGAUGCAGAAGAGGCACGCUCGUGGUGGGCUCGCUCACUACAGCUUGCUUCAGACGAGUCGCAUCUACCUUCUACCUCUAACGCGAUUAACUCUUCUGAAUCAAGUCUGGAGUUACCUGACUGCCUUCCUGCUUCUCCUCACGCACAACGCACUGUCGCAGCCGCACUCUCCUCCCUCUCCGCAUCGUACGCACAACUCGGCCUUCUCUCCGAAGCAAAAGCCGUACAAGACGCCGGGAUUACUCUCUUAGCUCCAUCACUCCCCUCAAACAGUCUGUCCACACCCUCCUUCUCAGCUUCACCCCAGGAUGCAAGCGAGGUUCAACAAUCUGCUAGCGAAAAGUCAAAUUCAGGUUCACUAAGCGGUAAUGAUAUCGGUAAUGCGUCGCCGCCUCAAGCGUUACACAAUCUCUACCUCCAACACCGACUCUCCCUCCUCGCACUCCACCGAGCUGAAAUCACCUACGCGCUCCGUUUGGCCCCGCCUACGCAGACACUUGAAGAGCUCGCGCAGGCGGCGAUUGAGUCUGAACAUGUCGUGCAUGCGCUUUCUUCCACUUCCGCCUCAUCCAAGCCGGGUGAGGGGAAGAAAGAGCUAUCGAGCGAGACGACGAAGUUGACUAAAGUGUAUGCGAAGGAACGGGUGUUGAACACUCCUGCGAGUAGUCUGUUACGAGACGCGAGGAGGACGGCGUUAUAUGCUUGGACGCUUUCUGGGAUCUUACAUGAGAACGCUGCCGCCUUUUCUUCCCCCUCCUCUUUUCCGUCGUCUUCGUCUUCGUCCUCGUCUAAGGACUCGAGUGAAUCGUCAACAUCAACAUCAAAAUCCCUCUGGAAGAAAAUCUUCACCUCCACCCUCCCUUCUUCCUCUCCAUCCACCUCAUCCUCAUCCUCACCGCUAGACGAAAAUCAAGAAACAGAACACCGUGCAGCGCUUCGCUGUUACAUGCGUGCACUCGCCUGGGCAGGUAUUCCUCUCUCCAACCUCGAUUCACUUGACUCCAACUCCCAGGAGACGAAGGUUAUAGUUCCAACAAGUUCGGAGUUGUUGGAUAGUGAGUGGCGGGUGUUGUGGGGUGGGUAUAUGCGUAUGAAGGAGGUUGUUGUUGCUGCUGCGAGGGAGAGGUAUGAAAGGGAUAAAGAGAAGGAGGUGAAGAAUGAUACUAAGACUUGAUUAUCCCUUUCUUUUCCUCGUAUCCAUUUACUUUCGAAUCCUCGUUUUCUUUCGUUCGAUGUUAAAGGUUGACGAGACAAUCUGUACACAAUAUUAAUAUUUACGUUCACUAUC